AUGAAGGCCCUGGUUGUCGUCCUUGGAGUGAGCGUUCUGGUCGCAGUCGCAAUGGCGGGAGGCUACGGUGGCCACGGCGGAGGGCACGGAGUCCUCUUGCUGGGAGGUCAUGGUGGAGGCGGCUUCGGUCAUGGCGGAGGGCACGGCUACUCCAAGAUCGUUCAUGGUCCCUCGUUUCUAGUGAACACGGUGCAUCACGUGCACAAAAUUAGCCACGGGGGAACCAUCAUUAGCGGUCAUGCCGGUGGAUACGGUGGCUAUGGCGGCGGAUAUGGCGGCGGAUACGGUGGCGGGCACGGCUUGUGGUGA